CCUUCUUGACAUCAUUCUACCCUCUCCUCAAUCACAGACCAUAUACGCAAACAUACACAAUGGGUUGGUUUUCCUGGUCCUCCGACACCAACACCGCCUCCGACGGCGGCCGCAUCGCCCCCGAUCGAACCUCGCGCGAACAAUGCUACCAAGGCCGCGACAUGUUCUUUUCCUGCCUGGACCGAAAUGAUAUCCUGGAUGCGAUCAAGGAUGACAAGGAGGCGCGACGCAAGUGCGGCAAGGAGAUUGCAGAGUUCGAGACGGCUUGUUCGAGAGCUUGGGUCAAAUAUUUCAAGGAGAAGCGCGUCAUGGAAUACAACCGGGAUAAGACCAUUGAGCGGAUCAAGAAGGAAGAUGCGGCUCAGGUUCAAGAUUUGAAGGCACAAGGGUGGAGUUCUCGGUAAAGGACAAGGAACAAUGAAGCGAAAGGAUUGAAGUUGGAGGCUAAGACUGUGGCCUUGCUGAGGCACUGUACUAUAUCAAUUACCGUUCUAAUGACUACCGGACGGCAAUUGGCAGCGCGAGACGCUCUCCACUACACUUGAACCUUGGACGUGGCUAUUAGAAUUACCAUGUGCUCGCAUUCAGCCAGGCUAAUCACAGUAUGGCCCUAUCAUCGCAAGAAUCCGUGAUGAAUGUAGAUACAAUAGCUCCGCAACAA